GCUCACAUGAGGCGAACCAGACAAUUCAUGGGUCCUUACGUAUAAAACUUCUCUCUUUCUCUCUUUUUAUUAAGAAAAGAAAAGAAAAAGAAAAGGAAAAAAUGGAAGGAAAAUACAUUGCUCAAAAUUGUACAUGAUAAAGAAACUUCAAGGGAGCUGCUAACUGAUAACCAGUCAGGAAAACCCACAUCUUUCUUCUCUCGUUCUCUCUAUGCGGCCACUGCUAGGUCAACAACAUCAGCUUAUUCAAUCCAUGGCCUCUCAUGUUUUAGGGUUCGGGAGUUGUUGGUCAAAGAUGAAGGCACCGACCCUCAUUGUAUCGAGUGCUCCCUUUUGAUUCUCUGGGGGCCUCAGAGAAAGAGAAAGAGAGAGAGAUCUGGAUGCGAAAUCGGAAACUAGCUAAGGGGAGGACUGCUACUUUAUUACAGGCCAGGUAUUUGAUAUUUCACCCACAAUUCUUUAGACCCACUUUUAAUUUUCAUAUAACAAGGUAAAAAUUGGAGGUGGGUCAUCAUGGAGUUUGGGCAAGAAAUGAAAGGUUUUUGUGAUAAAGAAGAAGAACAGGAGGAGGAGGAGGAAGAAGAAGAAGAAGAAGAGGAAAUAAUGGGAGAAACAUGUAAGGUACCCUUUUCUUCUUCAUCUUCAUCUUGUGCUUCUCCUAUGUACAAAGGCGUUGCUCCGGAGCCAUAUAGGUAUGAGCAGCAGCAGCAGCAGCAAAGGGCGUGGCUGGGAACGUCGGAGCCUGAAGAAGAGGCAGCUAGAUCUUAUGAUCGAGCUGCACUGGAGCUUGGUGGCCCAGAUGGAGUCACCGAUUCGAGCAGGAAGCUGGAAUUUGUGAACUUAUCACUGAAAAAUAACGAGGACGGUGAUGGAGGAGGAGGAUGCAGCAGCAGCGUCGGUGGUGGUGGGGUGUGUGUUGAGAGAGAGCAUAUGUUUGACAAGGCCGUGACACCAAGUGAUGUAGGAAAACUCAACCGCCUUGUCAUACCAAAGCAGCAUGCUGAAAAGUACUUUCCCCUUGACUCUUCCGCUAGCGAUAAGGGCCUCCUCUUGAAUUUCGAAGAUCGGGACGGGAAGCCUUGGCGAUUCCGAUACUCCUACUGGAAUAGCAGCCAAAGCUAUGUGAUGACCAAAGGGUGGAGCCGCUUUGUCAAGGAGAAGAAGCUUGAUGCCGGUGAUAUAGUCUCCUUUGAGCGCGGUGUUGGAGAAUCAGGUAAGGACCGUUUGUAUAUAGACUGGAGGCGCCGGCCUGAUGCACCGGACCCCACUUCCCUCUCCCAUCUACAUCUUCCAACCCAGCUACCAUUCUCCCAGUCCGUCCGAUGGGGCAGACUAUACUCACUCCCCCAGUCACCGUCCAUGUCCAUGAACAUGCCCCAAGGCCAUGACCAUAUGCAGCAACUCAAUUACAGCAGUAUUCAUCCUUAUCAUCGCCACCACCAUCACCACCCCCACCACCAUCACCACCACCACCACCACCACCACCAGAGGAACACCUUAAGCGGUGGUUAUCAUGACUACAAUGCAGUGACUUCAGGUUCAGGCUCCCUAUACUACCUAUCAUCAUCAUCUUCCUCGCAUCAGAUUGGGGCAGUGCAACAGGGAGGGGAUGCUCCCAUGGUUAUCAACUCCGUACCGGUUGUCCACGGUAAAACAACAGCCAAACGUCUCAGGCUAUUUGGUGUAAACAUGGAGUGUUCAACCCCAGAUGAUCACCCCGAGUGCAACAUAUUGCCUUCAACCGCAAUACCGCAUGUUACAAUGGCUUCUCUCUCUCCUCAUCUUCCCUCCUCUUCUCUCCCUCCUCUCCAAUUAAGGCUCUUCAAUGGCUCCCCGCUUCAAGCAGUGCCAGAUGAGUUUCCAAAGAAAGGGAAGACUUCCUUGUCCUUUGAUUUGGAUCUCUGAUCGGAGUAUUAAUCUGCAGUCAAAAGGCAGGAGAAGUGAAGAAGUAGAAGCCCAAUGGGGUGUUUGAAUUGGACUUAAUUUUGUUUUCCCAGCAUUUUUCAUUUAGCUCAGCGGCAAGGGUCCGGCCGGCCACAUCUAAUAGCCAUGGAUACUGAAUAAAAAAGGAAGGUUGAAAUAUGAAGAAGAUCAAUCUUAAUCAGCCUCUUGUCUUUUUGUUUUCUUUUUUCCAUUUUCUUUUUCUCUUAUAUAGUGCAGCUGUUGGUGAGGGUUUGGGGUUUGUGAAGAGCUAGAGAUAUGUAAGAGAGGGGGGUUGCCAACAUAUCCAGUUGAUAUCUUUCAAUUGUGUAUAAUACAUAUAAAGACGUACCAGCAUAAUCUCAUCUGCAUAUCAUUUCAUAUCUUUUCUUAAUAGGGCAUGGAUCCACUCAGUUGGGUUUGGAAAAUCUUUUUCA